AUGGAUUUCAAUCACCCUUCUUCAGAGUCAGAAUUCAGAAUUGUUACUAACAAUGAAGAAGAAACAGAAGAAGAAAUGGCGCAAGCAAGAGCGAUAAUGGAAUUGCAUAAUACAUUGAAAGAGGUGUAUGAGAGAGAGAUUGCUUCCAUAAAAGCAACACAUAUUCAAGAGCUUGCUUCUAUGCAAAAGACAUAUGAGGAAAAGCAUGAUUCCAUGCAAGAGAUGCAAGAGGAAAAGCAUUCCAUCCAAAAGAUGUACAAGAAAAAGCUUGCUGCCACACAAGAGAUAUACGAGGAAAAGCUUGAUUCCAUACAAGCAACACAAACUCUCGAGAGAGCUUGCUUUGUCUUAGUUAUUGGAAUUUUAAUUGCAUAUCUUCUUUUUAAACAAUAG